GAUUAACGGAAGUAGUUGUCUCCUAGCAGCAGAAGCUUCGCGAGCAACGUUUUUAUUUACUCCCGACAAAAUGGGUUAAUUUCCUAGUUAAGAAAUUGAUUUUCUGUUGCCUCACAUCCAAAAUUAACCGCCUUUGCCAUUUGUCUGUUUAAUGUUCUCCUGAAAACUGCGCUCAGAUCGUUAGCUUAGCCCCUUUAGCUGGAAGCAGACAGUUAUCCAGGAAAAGAUCGAAUAAGAGAGACUGAUGGCGAACGGAUUGUAUUUCGCAUGGAGUUUAAUUAAGGAGAGGUUGUUUGAAAACCUCAGAGGUUCACAGCAAUGGAUGAAAGACAGCUAACAGAAAUGGAGGAACCAACACACAGUGAGCAGAUGGACUCCCAGUCUCCUGAUGUCCAGAAGCUGCUGGUGUUUAAAGACGAGGUUCCGGAUGAGGAGCAGUACUGGUGUAACGGGCUGGACCAGGAGGACCGGAAGCCCCCACAGAUUAAAGAGGAACAGGAGGACUCUGAGAUUACAGAGUUUGUUUUCGAUCCUGUCUGUGUGAAGAGUGAGGACGAGGAAGAGAAACCUCAGCCCUCAGAGCUUCACAGCCAGCCUGAGGGCAACCGAGACUCUGCAGGUCCAGGAUCAGACCAUGAAGAAGAUUCUUUUGAGACAGACGUCAGCGAUGGAAACUGGGAGGGCAGCAUUGAAGCUCCGUCAUGUUCAGACUCUGUAAGGAUUAAUAAAGAUCCUGUCGCUGAUAAAGUAUGCGAAGAGAGUAAGAAGUUACACAGCUGCAGUGAAUGUGGGAAAACAUUUAAACUAAAGUGGGAUCUGCUGCGACACAGAAGAAUCCAUACGGGAGAAAAACCGUACAGCUGCUCCGUCUGUAAAGCCUCUUUUACGUGGAAACACAUCUUAGUGCAGCACAUGAGGACGCACAGUGGAGAAAAACCCUUCAGUUGCUCCGUUUGCGGCCAGACGUUCAGGAAGAAAGAAACGUUGACUUAUCACAUGAGCCGUCACAGCGACGAAAAACCUUUCAGCUGCUCUGUCUGUGGGCAAACCUUCAGCAGAAAGGAAAGCGUAAUUCGCCACAUGAUAUGUCACAGUGAGAACAAGCCCUUCAGCUGCUCCGUUUGUGAACAAAAGUUCAGGAGGAAGGAAAGUGUGACGCGACACAUGAAACGUCACACCAAAGAGAAACCGUUCAGCUGCUCCAUCUGCCGCAGGGCCUUCACUUCCAAAAUAACCUUGUUGGGACACACAAAGGUCCACGCAGAGAACAGACCGUUCAAAUGUUCCGUCUGCGAUGCCGCCUUCAAGAAAAAAGGAACGCUGUCGGAACACGCGAGAAUCCACACCGGAGAGAAGGCUUGCAGCUGCUGGAUCUGCGGCCAAAGCCUCAGCUCCAAGUCGUAUCUAACCAUUCACAUGAGGAGUCACACGGGAGAGAAGCCGUACAGCUGCUCUGUCUGCAAGGCAACUUUCAAAUGGAAACCAACAUUUGUGAGACACUCAAAAACACAUGCAGAUCAAUUACCGAGCCCUUGAGACAUCAGUGUGUGUUUGCAGCCGCCUGGACCAGUUUCAGUACAUAAAAAUACUUGCAGAAGUCUUGUUUCCCUGUACCUCAGACGUAGGGCCCUUUUAAAAUGGAUGUUUCAACGACUAUGGGUCCGAAAACCCUUCUUGAGUACGGACUCUUUAGCCAAAGUGGGAGUGCGUCAGCGGUCGCCAUGAUCAGUGCUGUCCGAAUAGUGCAGUCAGUAAGGAAGGAGGUAGGAGAAGGAGCCUGUAAGCCUCCUCUAAUGGCUAGUUUAGCCUAGGAACCUUAGGAUUUGCUUUACCCGUGCUAUUGAUCCUUAAGGUAUCCCACAAUCCUUUGCAUGACAUGCCAUAUCAGCACAGCUGACAAGAGCGCGCACUUUGUAGUUCAUUUUCAGAAGGCUGUAGGCCCAAAUUUGACACGUAUCAUCCAUGUGCGUUUCCGUCAUGUAACGACGUCGAAGUUA